GACACAGAGCGAGCGCGGGGGGCCGUGCGGCGUGGCGCGGCGCCUACUUCCGGUCGGCAGAGAGGCUGAGGAGAGCGGGCGGCGGCGGCGGCUCCCGGUAACGGUGCUUCCAAACCACCAUGACCAUCCCUCAGCUCCUGCUGUGCCUGUCUCUCUCCAUGCUCUGCAUCUCAAGCAAACCCACCGAGAAGAAGGACCGCGUUCACCAUGACCCGCAGCUCAGCGACAAGGUCCAUGAUGACGCGCAGAACUUCGAUUAUGACCACGAUGCUUUCCUUGGCGCAGAUGAGGCCAAAACCUUCGAUCAGCUCACACCAGAGGAGAGCAAGGAGAGACUCGGAAUGAUUGUAGAUAAGAUAGACACGGAUAAGGAUGGGUUUGUGACGGAGGGGGAGCUGAAAGCCUGGAUUAAGAAGGCCCAGAAGAAAUACGUGUAUGACAGUGUCGAACGCCAGUGGCAGGAGUUUGACAUGAAUCAAGAUGGAUUUAUCUCCUGGGAUGAGUACAGAAACGUGACAUAUGGCACUUACCUCGAUGACCCGGACCCCGACGACGGGUUUAAUUAUAAGCAAAUGAUGGUGCGAGAUGAACGGCGCUUCAAGAUGGCUGACAAGGAUGGAGACUUGACUGCCACCAAGGAAGAGUUCACCGCCUUUCUGCACCCCGAAGAGUACGAUUACAUGAAAGAUAUAGUUGUGCAGGAAACCAUGGAGGACAUCGACAAGAAUGGGGACGGCUUCAUUGACUUGGAGGAGUACAUAGGUGACAUGUACAGCCACGAUGGGGACGCUGAUGAGCCCGAGUGGGUGAAGACAGAGAGGGAACAGUUUGUGGAGUUCAGAGACAAGAACCGCGAUGGCAGGAUGGACAAGGAGGAAACCAAAGAUUGGAUCCUCCCUUCGGAUUAUGACCACGCUGAGGCAGAAGCACGGCACCUCGUCUACGAAUCCGACCAGAACAAGGAUGGCAAGCUGACCAAAGAGGAGAUUGUGGAGAAGUAUGACUUGUUUGUGGGGAGUCAGGCCACAGACUUCGGGGAGGCCUUGGUGCGACACGAUGAAUUUUAAGAGCUGUACAGAGAAAGCUGUUUCUUAAAUAAUUUAUUUUUUACAGUUUCUGGGAUUAUCGUAAGAAACAUUUUUCGCUACUGAGACUGUUAUUUCAGGCGAUGAGGUGAAACAAAACAAAAUAUCUCUUCCCGUCCUUUUUUUUUCCCCUCCUCUUCCUUCUUCCCAAAGGGAUGGGGACUCGCUGGUCUGAAAACCAACUCUUUUAUUACAGCACUUUGUGGGUUGUUUUGGUUGGAGUUUUUUUUCAGAUUUUCACAUUUUCACAUUUUAUGGUCUUAACGAGUUCUGGUUUAUUUUUGUAUUUGUUUUGGUUCCACAUGAAGUGAAGAAACACGUAUCCUGACAAGGGUAGAGCAACGGCAACGGUUCCCCCCUUGCCCUGCCUCACUCUCUCCCCCUUGAUUUGUUGGUAUGUGCUCAGCUCUGCUCUUUUAAAAUUAAAUUUUUUUUAAAAAAAAACCAACAAAAAACCCCCACCACCCUAGAACAAGCCAGAGAACAAUAGGGCCAAAAGGAAAAAUAAAACCAGAGGUGAGUCAUGCUUGUUUUAGACCGGGCUUUGCAAAUCCAAACACGGUUCAUCUGUCCCGUGGGGAGCUGUGCUCUCAGCUCCGCGCCUCUGGCAGGAUUUGCAGGCAGCCCUUGCCUGCGAGCUGCCCGUGCUUCUCCCGGCUCUCCGGGAAGAGCUGGACUUGCAAAAACCCCCUAAAACGGCAGCAAAGCCUGGCCCGUCCUCCUGCCGCGUCGCCUCCCGGUCAGGCGAGCGCUGCAGUGCUCCUUAUCCAGAAACGGGCGCGGGUGCUCCCUCCGCCAGCCCAAUUAAUGAGCCUGUUAAUUCACCAGAGCCACACCGGUGCAGUGAAACUGAUGGCAACGCGAGCCGAUAUAGUUUCCCUCUCUGUCAAAACUGCUUUCACGCUUCUGCAGCCCUGGGGCCUCGCUCAAAGUGCCUUUUAUCACCCCAAAAAUGCCACGAAGGAGGAAUGGCGAGGCCAGCGCCUGGCUGGGCACGGGGGGAUGCUCGCUGUGCUCCCGUCGCACCCGUAGCAUGUCAUUGUUCUUUCUGGAUUUAUUACUAAUAAUUAUAUUUUUUUAGUUUUUUUGGUCUUUUUAACCGUGCAUUCGCUGCUUCGCCCAGGGACCUCUCGAUUCCCUCUCACAGCCCGCUCACCUCGUCCCUGCACGCUCGGCCAACCCGCAGCAACGUGGAUCCUGCUCUGGCGGCAUCAGGCAGAGGUUGGUGCCAGCCACGCGCACCGAGGUGGGAAAAACACCCCGGCUUCUCCCUAAAAUCGGUCUCCAAGGGUUAAAAGCGCGGACUAUAACGUAUAUAUACUCCUCGUAUUUCAUGUACCUCUCAUAAAGUAAUGCUUUUGAUAUAACUCAAUGGGUAAUUGGAUAAUCCCAUGCCAGACCCGUGCAGUGAAUGCGCCUUUGGCGCUCGCAGACUGCGCCGAAGGGGAGCACUGGGGAAGAGUCACCGACGUCCCCAGCUCCUUCCCCCCAACACCAAAGCCCUCGGCAGCUUCGGCACGCUCUGCUUUCUCCACCCAGAAGGACUCGGAGCUCGUGGCUCCUUGGCGUUAACAGCUUCAGACACUAAUUUUGGUUCCCGGCGCAGGGUUCGCCCCGCGUUCCCCCCCUCUCCCCGCCCCACCGUGUUUAUUCCUCCAGUAUUUCUCCUCUCGGGAUGAUUUAAUUUUUAUCAAUCUGGUGUAAACGGCGCUUGGCGGCCGUGCCGGAGGAUUCUGUGGCUCAAUAAACCUGUUUACAUUCACCCCAUAA